AUGGGCCAGUUAUCUUUCCGUUGGCUGCCACUUGCAGCAGUUGCAGCUUCUAUCGGCACUACUUUCGCCCAACCUUCCCCAGAGGUGCAACAGAGGAUCAGUGCUGCUAUCGCAGCUGCAGGAAACUCAACCAAUAUAGACUACACGGCGUUCGUAAAUCCAUUCAUUGGAACAGACAACGAAGGAGAUGUAUGCCCGGGCGCAUCGAUACCAUUUGGAAUGGUCAAAUUCUCUACAGAUAUAACCGGCUAUGCUCCCGCUGGAUACAUCGUAGAUCCUACUCAAAAAAUACGAGGCAUCAGCCCCAUGCAUGAUAGCGGAACAGGUUCUUCUUUGGGAACAUACGGAAACUUUGAAAUCAUGCCUCUUUUGUGUCCAGGUGGUUUUGACACGUGCACCACAACACUGCAAGCACGGGAGCGAUACCGCAAAAAUAAUACUGACGACGCGUAUCCUGGUUACUUCUCGCAGACACUUGACAAUGAUAUCCAAAUUGAGGCUACAUCUACGCGUCGUGCCGGGUUGGAACGUUUCACGUUCCCGCAAGGAUCCAAGCCGUACUUUGUCCUUGAUUUAGCUAACGACCUCCCUGCAACUUGGGCUGGCGGCUCCAUGGACAUUGACCCCGACAAUGGGAGAAUCACCCUGGGCGGGCACUGGGGCUCUAGCUUUGGCCCUACUUCCUUCAACUAUCAAGCGUUUGCUUGUUAUGAUCUCUUGAACAAUGGAACUCAGAAACUGAGCGAGUACGGUGUGUGGACAGGUGAUACGUAUGGUCUCGACGCGAAAGGUCUGGGACAAACGCAUCUCAACCUCUCUGUCAACCUUAUUGGCGGCACGCCAUAUCAGUCUGGAGCCCUUUUCUCGUACGACGGGACACCUGAGCAAGUCAACAUCCGGGUUGGAGUAUCGUUUGUGUCAACGGAACAAGCUUGUCAAAACGCCGAGUCUGAAGUUGGAACGACAUCUUUCGAUGGCAUUGUAAACGCCUCAAAGGCACUUUGGAAUGAAAAAUUGAGUAAGAUUGAGAUUGAUGUCCCCAAUACCCCACCAAACGUGACGGAGAUGUUUUACACAUCUUUGUAUAGGGCAUCCUUAACUCCUAAUAAUGCUACGAGCGAAACCCAAGGUGUUUUUGCGAAUACUACUUCAUUCUACUUCGAUUCCCUCUACUGCAGUUGGGACACAUUCCGCACUUUCUAUCCCCUGAUGACCCUCCAUUCUCCGGUAGAGUUCGCACAAAUUGUGGAUAACUACAUCGAUGGCUGGCGAAAGAACGGUUGGAUGCCUGAAUGUCGAGCCAACAACCUUCCAGGUUGGACUCAAGGAGGGUCCAGCGGUGAUAACAUCGUGUCUCAGUUUGCUAUCAACUACCACAACGAGGCGCAAGCCUUGGGAGUCGACCUAAAUGAGCUAUACGCCGCUCUUAAAACUGAUGGCGAAGUUAACCCCCCUGAGUGGAAUAUCGAGGGUCGCCAGAUCAAUGUUUACAAACAAAAUGGAUACGUUCCAUUUGCUGUACUAGAUACAGCAAGCACGGGUCGCCAAACUAGAGAAGGCAGCAGAACACUCGAGUAUGCUUUCGAAGAUUUUGGUAUUCGUCAAGUCGCCCUGCUCCUCAACCAAACGGAUGACGUUGCUGAGUACACGAACCGGUCUUACUUUUAUCGCAAUGUCUGGGAUAAGGACGUGACCAGCAAUGGGUUCCAAGGAUUCGCCCAGAAACGACUUUCCAAUGGGACCUUCGUAUACACAGACCCCAUUGACUGCUCUUCCCAGGAUACCAACCAAAGCAGGUCGUGCUCGCUCCAGGAAGACAAUAUUGUCGGCUUUUAUGAAUCAUCUUCCUGGGAAUAUAGCUGGUAUGCACCCCAUGACACUGCUUAUCUCAUCGAGCUUAUGGGCGGAAACGACACCUUCGUAAAGAGAUUAGACUACUUUUUCAACGAAGGCUAUUAUUUGCCAGGAAAUGAGCCUUCAUUCCAGACUCCCAUUGGAUAUCAUUACGCAAACCAGCCAGCCGACUCAGUGGAUCGUAUCCGUGACGUCGUUCUGACAAACUUUGACAUCACCCCUGCCGGUCUGCCCGGUAAUGAUGAUCAAGCUGCGAUGGCAACGCUCCUAUGCUUCCACCUGUUAGGCUUGUAUCCUGUCCCGUCCACAUCGCAUUAUCUGAUCACCUCGUCCUUUAUCCCAAAGUACACUAUCCACAACAGCUAUUUGAACACUAGUACAACGAUAACUGUCCAAGGGUAUGAUGCCAAAUCCGUCCAGUCACCCAUUCCGAGUGGAGUGGCGGCAUACGUGAAAAACGUCACCGUAAACGGCCAAGUGACGGCAUCAAGGUGUUAUGUCGAUUUCUACGAUACUUUCAGGCUCGGAGGCAACAUAGUCAUCGAGCUCACUUCGAACAAGACAGAGGCUAAUGACUGUGCAGGUCCCUUGCCCGCAAGUUUGUCGACAGGGGGUUUCAGCAGUGUGCGAUGAUCAUGUUAGUCAUCUGGUUGGUAUUGUACAAUGUGAAGACUUCCGGAAAUAAAUGUUAUUAUCCGAGUGAAAACAACAAAC